AACCCAUUGGUAAUCAUGCUCGUUGACGGCAGUCAUCCUUCUAGUAGGCCUACAUUCUAGCUACCGGUACCGGUAAUUGGCGACCAUUUGGAAGUGUGUAACACAAAGAUAUGCCAUGCUUUUCGGCCUAAUACAAACGCAGGGAAGCUUAGGUUACCUGUAGAAGCCUUUCGCAGAUUUGUAACAAAUCAGGCUCUGGAUCUAUUAGCAGUGAACGGCCAAUCAAGUCAAAGCUUGCACAGUUAUAACAUAUACGAUUUGAUAUAUUUAUUUUACAACAAAUAGUAUUAGCAUUCGCCUUAGGUAUGGCUCCGGCGCGGUUGAAAUCGCUUGCCGGAUGCCUCUUAGUGCUCGUUACCGCUUCAUUGACUUCCGCUUUAGAAGGGGAGUGGUUGGGCAAUGAUUUUUUUGAGCGUACGCGUGUUCGUCCCGAGCUCGACUGGGACUGGGGUCGAACGUGGUCAUCAAUGAGCAUCAACAAUCAGCCCGUCACUUCCAUUCUUUCGACGGUACUGGGCACCUAUAAGUUCACGCUCCCACGUCUACAGCUUCAGCGUGGUCUGGCUUACGUCGGCUCGGCUACGCGUCUUCGACGCGUGGUGCGACAGCUGAUGAGUCGGAAUCCCACCAAGCCCACCAAGAUUGGCGUCAUUGGUGGAAGCGUGUCGUGGGGCCAGGGCACACGCAAGCGCGGGGAGGACGACUGGUUCAGUGUCCUGUCUAAAUGGCUGUUGGACGCCUUCCCCGAAUCCAACAUCACCACACGCAACGGAUGCACCCCGGGAGUCCCUGCGUCGUACAUGAUCUUGUGCCUUGAGCUCUCCGUGGAUCCGGACGUGGACCUGGUCUUUGUGGAGUUCACAUUGAACAACGGCUUUGAAGAUUCCCUGGCGGAGAACACCAUCGUGAAGGACAUGGAGCGCUUGACACGACGCGUGCUAGCCCUGCCGGGGCAGCCGGCGGUGGUGCUGAUGCACGUGCCCACACACCACAUGGCCAGCUACCCCAGGGGGCACCCCAAGAAUACCAAGAAUGAGGACUGGCACCCCUUCCACUGGACAACGGAGGAUGCUGUAGGCGCCAUGUCGCAGUACUACGACGUGCAGGCGCUGUCCCUCCGUACGGCCAUGUACGACCUGGCUGUACGGCAGGAGAGGGAGGGCUUCCUAUGGGAGCAUGCCUUUGUAGACCACCACCCGGGCAACCAGGGUCACAAGUUCAUGGCCGACCUGGCGGUGUGGAUGCUGCAGCAGACGGCGCUAGGGCUGCUACAGCUGCCGUACGGGCAGGAAGACGCGGAGGCGGCGGGGGCGCCGCUGGCGGGGCCUAUGUACCCAGGCAACCUGCCUCCCAACAGCAGCAUGUGCCUCCUGGGGGACAGCUUUAGGUCUCUGGUGGUGUCCGAGGCCUCCUCCGGCUUCGACUACGUGAACGAGGGCACGCCGGAGAAGCCCAAGCCCGGCUACGUGGCCACCCAGCCGGGCAGUGUGCUGCGGUUCAGAAUUGACACCGACCGCACAGCACUGGGGGCGCAGCCACAAGACCUGGUGUUUGUGGUGUUCCACUACCUGCGCAGCUACGUGCACAUGGGCAUAGCGGAGUUCAGCUGCGUGUCCGGCUGCAACUGCUCCUCCCGGCGUGUGGACGGCCACCAUGCGCCGCAUGUGUCGCAGCUCUACAUGGCCCCGCUGGAGGUGUCGCAGAGCAGGCAGUGCGAGAUACAGGCGACGGUGCUCCCAGAGACAAGCAGCGGGGAGCAUAAGUUCAAGGUAGCUGGACUGGUGAUCAGCGAGAGUGCGGGCAACAAGGGCAUCAUGGUAAACCUGGCGCAGGGGGCGGGCGACUAUGGCGUGCGGGAGCAUAAUGGAGACGUGGUUCAGAUAACGUUCACCAAGGAGGGCCGGAAGGGCGGACAUGACACGGGGCGGCGGCAGAGGCGAUGAGGGCGCAUGCCACCGCCCGCGUGUGUGCAGCUUUACUUGGUUACUAUGGACGUCCCUUGGGCGUCCCUGGUGUCGCGGUGGGCAGUGCAUGCUUCCCUCAUGUGCCAACUUGUCCGUCCGUCUGGGUUAUCCUCUCUAGUGCAGAUGAGGUAUUGUGGCGCGUCGUGUGGUGGCUGACGACUGCUUAUAGCGGUGGGCGGUGGGGAACUGGGGAGAGAUUGGGGGGCCGUAAGGCUUUUCUGCAGGCGCUCAAGGUAUUGCGGGACUUCAUACAACGUGAAAAUCGAGUUGCAGACCUCCUAGUGCGGUUGGCAGGUAACCGUAGAUUAGUAACUUCAAUCAAUGAGGAGGAGGGUUGCGGGUACGAGAAGCGCUCAGUGUUAAGAGCAGGCCAGCGAGCACGGAAAGGCGUGCGACAGGGUUAGAAAGUAGUACCGGUAGCUCGACACGGCUAUCUAGCAUGUAGUGCGCAGACAGUACAACAGUGCAAUCUACUCUUCUGACACUUCUUGACCCUGUGAUCGUUUGGGUGCAAACUGAGGAGUAAGCCGAGUGACAGGUCAGUAUACUUGUCGUGGACUGUGCAUGUGGGCAGGUUGGGUGUUUGGAUCUCCCCUGUGCUUGAGUUGCAAUGCGGCGUUGGUUGCAUGCUUGUGCCCGGCGUCGUUUCUGCUUGAUCCGGGGUGCGGCCUGCAUGUGUCUUCGACAACGGGUGUGGGACGCGUAAAGUAUUGACAGGAGUUGCGGGUAGGAUGUGGGCACCGUCCAGUAUUGGCCUGCGACCCAGGCUGGGAACGUGGUGCGUCAAUGGCCCAUCUGCAAUGGAUGCAUGCACAUGGAAGUGCGCUGAGGGGCCAAACCAUCUGAAGACGGCGUCAUGUCUAGGGAGCAAUUGCAACAGUCCAAAACAA